AUGGAAAUGGUGGUUUAUGUUGCAGCAAAUGAAGAGGAAAUGAAGAGAGGUGCCGCGGUUUUUGAGAAGAGGUUGAGUGUAAGACAUGGUUGCGUGUUGAGAUGGUUGAAGGUUUUUGAUUGGUCGGAUGAAUCGGAGGCAAGAAGAGCGGACUGGAAAUAUGGAACUCCUCGGGUAAAUUACCUUCAGGAAUUGGUGACUCAGUUUCAGAAUGCUACUGAUGAAGAGAUAAAAGAGAGAAUUGCUGCUAAUCUAGCAAACUUUGCAUAUGACCCUUACAACUACACAUUCUUGCGCGAGCUUAAUGUUUUGGAACUUUUCCUCGACUGCAUGACAGAGCCCAAUGAGAGGCUUGCGGAGUUUGGAAUUGGAGGAAUCUGCAAUGCUUGUGCUGAUCCAUCAAUUGCUGCAGUUGUUAUUCAGUGUGGUGGAAUAUCUCUUGUCAUCCAAUGUCUCUCUAGUCCUGUCCGAAACACGGUGAACUAUGCUCUUGGGGCUUUGUAUUAUCUCUGCAGUGCAACAAACAAGGAAGAGACUUUGAAGCCAGAAGUAGUGGAUAUCAUCAAAAGAUACGCUUCAACUGGUGCAGUUAGUGUGAGCUUUUGUAACAUGGCCCAGGCUUUUCUCGAUAUGUGUCAGGCUAAAAUUUCUAUGAGAGAUUCUAAGGAAGGUUUAGCAGAGCAGGAAUUGGGGAAAGAAGAAAGAGAAAGCCAAGAGCACAAGAAAGAGAGAAAGAAAGAGUAACUGAGAAGAGAGAAAAUGAAUCUGCUGUAUUUCUUGCUGAAUUCGUUACAAGAGGGUAGGGAAUCAGUUAUAGAAAUUCUGUUACUCCCUAACUAACUUUCUCAACAACCACUAACUAUCUAAAUAAGUCUAACUACACCGUUUUGCCCUUGCAA